GGCGGUGCACUGCGGGGGCGGGGCUUUGGCUGCGUCAGGUGGUCGCUGCUGAGCUCUGCUGUCUGUGAGGAUGGCGGGCAGGGGAAAGCUAAUUGCGGUGAUCGGAGAUGAAGACACGGUGACCGGCUUCCUGCUGGGCGGCAUUGGGGAGCUUAACAAGAACCGCCACCCUAAUUUCCUGGUGGUGGAGAAGGAUACAACCAUCAAUGAGAUCGAAGACACUUUCCGGCAGUUUCUGAACCGGGACGACAUUGGCAUCAUACUCAUCAACCAGUACAUCGCAGAGAUGGUGCGGCACGCGCUUGAUGCCCACCAGCGCUCCAUUCCGGCCGUCCUGGAGAUCCCGUCCAAGGAGCACCCCUAUGACGCCGCCAAGGAUUCCAUCCUGCGCAGGGCCAGGGGCAUGUUCACGGCCGAGGACCUGCGCUAGGGGACUCCCCACAGCCCUGCCGCCUCUCCCCAGGCUUGCCAUCAGCCCCUCUCUAAGUUCUCAGCCACUAAUGUCCACUUCCCUGUCCCUUCCCACUCCAUCGAGAGGCCAGGUGAGGUGCUUCCCGGUUACUGGGGCUCUGCCAUUAAAAUCAAGGCUGGUUAGGGAA